AUGGACGCUAAAAAUUCCCACCAUUAUCAGCCAACGGCGCGCUCUUUGGCCACCGACCACGAGCAUGUCUUGCCGGUGCUGAGCAAACCAGCUGCUUGGACCGCUCCCACCAGUACUGUCCAUCCGGUUACUGUUAAUAAUAAUACCUACUACCCCCAUCGUCCUUACAAUUAUCCGAUCUCGACCCCCAGUCAAUCUCUUGCUUACGGGCCUGUCCCGCCGCCGCCGCCCCCAUCGAUACCGCCGACCCCCGUUCAUACCAACGCGCAACCCUUGACCACCGAGUCUACCCGGCAGGAUGUCAACAGGAACGGUGUCACGAAGCCCCGCAAAUCGCGGAAGAGCAACAAUGCGUCUGCGGGGAAAUCAACCUUGUUCUGGGUACAUACCGAUCCACAGUCCGUGUCCGAAGGUACAAGGGAGGAGACCCUCAAGCGCAUCCGUUCCCAUGUUAUGUCCGAGCAUAACCGCAAGAAGAGGCUAGAGAAUACAAAGCGCUACAAGAGCAAAACCUGGAAGCACCUUGCCUUUCAGCCGGUGGAAACGACAGCCUCCAGUUCCUCCGCGGUAGCGGCCGUGUCUUCGGCCCCUUCCGCUGGACCCUUCCAUAAGCCAACUGUCACCGAAUCCUCUUCCUUCGGCACACGGAUCGUCUCUGAUUCCUCUUCCUCCGCUUCCUCCUCUCCCGAACAGCAGCAGAAAGAAGCGCCGCAGCAUGCGCUGGUGGUCAAGAACGAGGACAGUUACCCGGCUGUCUCGGUGGGAACCGUGGACAGCUACAGCAUCGAGGCACCCACGCAUAAUGCGCUCGCACCUGUGCAGACCGCAACUCCAUGGAACUAUUUAGGAGGGGCCGUCGAUCCCUUCAUUUCGACGCAUACAGUCAUGUCGGACCUCUUUGACUUAACGCAGCAGGCGUAUCCGUUGCAACGCCGAUAUGGACCUAAGUUGCGGGAUCAUUGGACGGCACUGGUUCAACAGGACCCGGUCUCAUUGCACGCUUGUAUUUGCGUGGCAGCGUCGAAUUCCGCCUUGGCAGCCGGAGAGCUUCCGCUCACGGACCCCAACAAGCGGCGCUCGAGUGUGCUACUCCUGGACACAUUCCACCAUCGAGGUGAAACAAUCAAACUGGUCAAUGAGGGGUUGUCCGAUCCGAUCAAAGCUUCGAGUGACCAGCUGAUUGCCGCUGUGUCCAUCCUCUUGACCAUUGAGGUGAGCAUCUCUGACACUGUGCAUGGGACUUGGCUAAUCGAUCAGAUUGCGUCCGGAAACGCCGACUAUCUCAAAAUCCAUCUGGCCGGUCUGCGCCAGAUGGUCGGCAUGAGAAAGACAUUCGCGGAUGUCCCACCCGACGUUCGAUUCCAGAUCUCAUGGUCAGCUCAACCCCAAGCUGUGGAGACUGACAUCCGUGUGGCGUGCAUGGCCGGCACCAAGCCCAUUUUCCCUUUCAUUCGUUACGCCCGUCCUUCGCAAUUAACGCUUAUCCCACCUAAUGAAGACCUUGCACCUUUAGCUUCCCGUUUGAUACAAUUAAUAGAGAUACCCGGCAUCUUUGGGGAUGCCAUGUCCAAGACGAUAUAUGACCUGGCCGAACUAAUCUGGUAUAGCGAAUGGAUCAGGAGCACUACGCAAUAUCGAGAAUUUGACGACGACACGGAGGACUACUUCAACACGGAGGUCCUUUACGUCGAAUACACUCUCCACGACGACCGUUACACGGCUACAGGCGAAAGCAAGAUCGAGGCCACCAUCGAAGGCUGCGUUCGGCUGGCCUGCCUGGUGUUCCACAACACCGUCAUCUGGGGCUUCUACCCACAAAUCGCGCCGGUUUUCCCCCGGCCCGUCACAGCGCUUCGCUUAGCGCUCGAAAGCACCAUGAGUGCCGGCUACUUCCAGCUAUGCCGGGACGUGCUGAUCUGGAUUUUGUUCAUUGGGGCGUGCAGUUCGCCCCAGCUCCCGGAGCAUUCAUUUUUCGUGAACGAGCUCGUCUCCGUUCUCCGAGAGGAUGGGAACAUCCGCUCGUGGCAGGGGCUCCGAGCCUUACUUUUGGGCUUUUUCUACGCGGACCGAAACUAUCUGACCGCGUUGCAAGAUCUAUGGAGUGAGAUCGAGCCUCGACUCCGUGCACCACCACAGGAAUGUAUAUAG